CUUCCCUUCCCUUUCCGGCCGAGGCUGUGGUUGUGGCUGCGAGGCACUCACUCGUCCUUGGCUGUGACGGAGACGGAAACUCCGUGCCGUUUUCUGUUUCCGCAGCCGAAGACUCCUGUUUCCCUUCCUGGGCCUUUUUCUCGAGGCAUUUCCCACAGGCCUCUCGGCCAGAAGUGGCAACCGGGCUGAGGGAUGAAAAGCUUGUGACCAUCCAUAUGAUGAAGUGCUGUUUCCAUAAUCCUUUCCAUUAUCCAGUGAAAACUUUCUAUGAAGAAUAAUAAAAAUAUAUUCGGCAGUUAAGUAAGUUACACUUGGGCACCUUACAAAUUACUAUGAGUUUGCUACAUAGCAACACCAGCUUUGAAACCAAUAGUCAAGAGAGUGGCUGCUGUGCAGCCAUGGCCAGUGCUUGCAGUGCUGCAGCCAAGGAAGAGAGCAUCAAUGCCAGUGUCAGCAAUGAGACUGGUGGGACACUUUCAAACUCUUUCAUGGAGGAAACACAAGGCUAUGAUGUGGAGUUUGAUCCACCGCUGGAAAGUAAAUACGAAUGCCCCAUCUGUUUAAUGGCUCUGCGAGAAGCAGUACAGACACCAUGUGGACACCGUUUCUGCAAAGCAUGCAUUGUAAAAUCUAUAAGAGAUGCCGGUCAUAAAUGUCCAAUAGACAAUGAAAUCUUACUAGAAACUCAACUGUUUCCUGACAACUUUGCAAAACGAGAAAUCCUCUCACUGACAGUGAAAUGUCCUAAUAAGGGCUGUGACCAGAAGAUGGAAUUAAGGCAUUUAGAGGAUCAUCAGCAACACUGUGGUUUUGCUUCCGAAAAGUGUCCCCAGUGCCAGGGCAUUUUUCAGAAGAAUCGGCUACAAGAACACAUCAAGCUAGAAUGUCCACGGCGGCAAGUCUCCUGUCCAAACUGUGCAUUGCUUAUGCCUUAUGAAGAUAAAGAGGUUCAUGAUGGAGUAUGCCUUUUGGCGAAUGUCUGCUGUGAGUACUGUAACACAGUGCUAAUCAGAGAACAGUUACCUAAUCACUAUGAUAAUGAUUGUCCUACUGCUCCAGUACCAUGUACCUAUAGUGAUUUUGGAUGUCCAGAAAAAAUGCAGAGAAAUGAGUUGGCACGCCAUUGGCAAGAGUUCACUCAGGUUCAUAUGAGAAUGAUGGCUCAGACUCUCCGGAAUGUUCAUGUUACAAACCCAGCUUCUGGAAAUUUCCAUGGUGGUUUAUCCUUUGACCCAUCCCUCUUCUCUCAAGCCAUGCCACCAUCAUGUGAAUGUAGCCCAGAAGUCCGGAACUUCAAGGAGACCAUUCAGCAACUGGAAGGUCGUUUGGUGAGACAGGAUCACCAAAUCAGAGAACUCAUUGCCAAGAUGGAGACCCAGAACUCCCAGGUGGGGGAUCUCAAAGGUACAAUUAAAAAUCUAGAGGAGAAAAUCACUGAAUUGGAAGCACAGCAGUGUAAUGGUAUUUUCAUAUGGAAAAUUGAGCAUUUCAGUGUUUAUCUGAAAGCCCUAGAAGAAGAAAGACCUGUUGUGAUCCACAGCCCAGGUUUCUAUACAGGGAAGCCUGGCUACAAACUUUGCAUGCGUCUGCAUAUCCAGCUUCCAAAUGUUCAGAGGUGUGCAAACUAUAUUUCCCUUUUUGUUCAUAUUAUGCAAGGGGAGUAUGACAAUUAUCUGCCCUGGCCGUUUCAAGGCACCAUACGCCUUUCUGUUCUGGAUCAGUCAGAAGGAUCUCCAAGACAAAACCAUGAAGAAGUAAUGGAUACCAAGCCUGAACUGCUAGCUUUCCAGCGCCCAAAAACCCGUCGCAACCCAAAAGGCUUUGGAUAUGUGACUUUUAUGCAGUUGCAAACUCUAAGACAAAGAACAUAUAUAAAAGAGGAUACUGUCCUGGUACGUUGUGAGGUUUUAACACGUUUGGACGUAAUGAGUCCCCGAAGAGAAGGUUUUCAGCCUCGCAGCACAGAUGGGACUGUGUAGUCCAGCUUGAGUACAGCUUUGAGCUGUUGCUUUUCAUUGUGAGAAAUUCUGCAAAAAGAUAAAAGGAAACAAGGGGAGCAGAAAUAAAACUACCAUUUGCAGAAGGCAGUGUGUUUUGCGGGAAGUGGAAACUGUUUCCUCUUUAUCUUUGAAAUAUAAAAGAAAAAAGAUGUGCCCUCUGUUGGUCAUAAUAAGUGAGUUACAUAACUGCAGUGGUAUGAGAAGAUCAAAAUUAUGCAUUAAAGGAGUUUCUAUUACA